UAUUAAAAGAGAAGAGAUGAGAAUUGCAGGUAAAAGUUGAGAAAAUUAAAUGAAUGUUUGUGCGUAGGCAUGGCGAGGACUGGUACAAUUUUCGUAGCAAAGUGCAGCAAGUUAUGCUGCAACCGCGAACGGCCAGAAUGUACGUUAGCGCGAUCGAGGAGGCGAGUUUGGCAUUCCUUCAAAGAAUUAAAAAAAUACGGGAUGAGAAGAACGAAGUGCCUAAUGACUUUCUGAACGAGGUUCACAAAUGGUCCCUGGAAUGUAAGUAAUAAAAAUAAUCUACGGUUUCAGAAAUUCCAUUA